AAUAAAAAAAUUUAAAGAAACGUUACUUGAGGUGGUUGCUCGACUUUAAAUUGCCAAGAAGACCACACACAUCAACUGUCUUGCCAUUAACCGAUCAAACGCUGUUCAUUCAGUGAUCGCAUGCCAAUGUCCGCCAUCAUCGGGAUACGCGACGUUGUCGUCGACGAGUUAUCCUCUCCGGCCAAGCAGAAGGCUGCCAACAAAAGCUUCCACAGCAGCCGUUGGACGCCUCUGCUGCGCCGAGAUCGCCAGCUGCUCGCCGGUACUAAGGUGAAGCUUGUGCUGGGCCUUCUUAUCCUCUGCGCCACCUUUUACAUGACUUCCAGGAUUAGCUCGUUUAUGUGCUGGAUCCCUGAUAACACUUCCGCCGUCUUUUCUCCUUCUAAGGGAGGCUACGCAGUGCUUAUCAACGCGAGGAAAGGAAAUUUGCUUCUAACGCAAUCUGUCGCUCACUACGCGUCCUGUGUUUGCACAGAUGCAAUCCAUGUUGUGUGGAGUGAGACUGAUCCUCCAUCGAAGAACUUGAAAGCUUAUCUCAAAAGGGUCGUGCUUUCGAAGUUACAAACAGGUCUCAAACCCAAUUUCAAACUCGAUAUUAGCAAGGAGGUUAAUUUAAACAACAGGUUUAAGCCCUUCGCUGAUCUUAGAACUGACGCGAUUUUCUCAGUUGAUGAUGAUGUGAUUGUCCCCUGUUCCUUUCUGGAUUUCGCUUUUUCUGUGUGGCAGAGUGCUCCUUCUGCUAUGGUGGGAUUCGUGCCGCGUAUGCAUUGGCUGGAUUUGAAGAAUGGUGUCCCAUAUCACAAAUAUGGAGGAUGGUGGAGAGUUUGGUGGAUGGGCACUUAUAAUAUGGUUCUUUCAAGAGCUGCAUUCUUUCACAAGAAGUACUUGGACUUGUAUACACACGCGAUGCCCCCAUCAAUACAAGAUUACAUAGCGAGGGAAAGGUGCCUAAUGGCAUUUUUUUUCACAUUUUUUCUCAUGAAUUUUGUUCUUGAGCGAGAAGAUUACUUUUUCUUCCUCUUCUCUUACAGGAACUGUGAAGAUAUUGCAAUGUCUUUACACAUUGCCAAUGCUACAGGUGCUCCUCCAAUUUGGGUGAAAGGAAAGAUGCAUGAGAUUGGAUCAUUAGCCAUAAGUGGUCUCAAAGGGCAUAGUGAUAGGAGAAACAAAUGCCUGAAUGACUUGAUUUCCCUGUAUGGCGGGACUGUGCCGCUUGUUUCAAGCAAUGUAAAAGCUGUAGAUGCAAGACGAGAAUGGUUCUGGUAGAUGCGAACUUGGAAUUUUUUGGAGGCAGCCGAAUGGUGAUGGUGCUUUCAGAUUCACCUCCAUGUUGCAAUCUAGUUCUGCAUUACGCUUAUUCUACCUGUAUAUUUGUAGAGAGGAGCUGUUUAAAUGACUGGUAUGGCGUCAGUGUUAACUGAUAUUUUUCUGUCACCCUGCUCAUCUGUUCCAUCUUCCAUUCAACUGCUGUUGUAUAUUUUGAGCAGAUUUUUAUAUGAAUAGUAAAAAAUCUGCUGUUGUAAUAUUUUUUUGUAUUAUAAUUAUAUUGUUAUAAUAUUUCAUAAUUUUCAAUGAUUCCCA